AGAAAAUAAGAGAGAAAGAUAAAGAUGGUGUUGAUAUGAACAUUAAUAAUGAAUUAAUAAAUCCAAAGGAAGCCAUCUGCAUCAGCAACUUCUGAAUUAACAACCAUCACCAAGUGCAAUAAUAAUAGAAAAUUGAAAGUGCUCUUGGAUCCAGAUCUUCUUCUUCUUUUUACUCUAUAAACAAAACAUGGGGUUUCCCCCUUUACAAUCCCAAAGUACUACUCAACUUUCUCUCUUCUUCUUCCCUCUUAGCAGCAAUGCCUGCUUCUUCAACAAAUCCUUUUCUUCUUCUGUUACUUUUCUCCUUAAACUCUCUUUUUUUCUCUUCUUGUUAUUCCAUUGAUGUACAAAGCCAAACACUUCUUGCAUGGAAAAAAACAUUAAACAGUUCCAAUGAUGUUUUAAAAACAUGGGAUUCUGAUUCUUUAGAUAAAAGUCCUUGUAAUUGGUUUGGCAUAAAAUGCAACUCAAAAGGUCAAGUUGUGAGUAUAAGUCUAAAAUCAGUAGACUUACAAGGUCCAUUGCCUUCAAAUUUUCAGCCACUCAAAUUCUUGAACACUCUUGUUCUUUCAUCUACCAAUCUAAGUGGUCCAAUCCCAAAAGAAUUCGGAGAUUAUCUUGAACUUAGUCUUAUUGAUAUUAGUGAUAAUUCAAUCACUGGUAUCAUUCCACAAGAAAUUUGUAAGCUUAAAAAGCUACAAACUUUAUCUCUUAGUUCAAAUCUUCUUGAAGGUGAUAUUCCUUCAGACAUUGGAAACUUGUCAACUCUCAAGAAAUUCUUGAUUUAUGACAAUCAAAUAAGUGGUGAAAUUCCAAAGGGUAUUGGAAAGUUGAACAAUCUUGAAGAAUUUAGAGCCGGAGGGAAUCAAAAUCUCAAGGGGGAACUCCCUUUGGAGAUUGGAAAUUGCAGCAACUUGGUAUUUUUAGGCCUUGCUGAAACAAGCAUUUCAGGGAAUUUGCCUGUAUCAAUUGGAAACCUGAAAAAGAUUCAGACUUUAGCAAUUUAUACAGCUCUUUUAUCUGGACCAAUUCCAGAAGAGAUUGGGAAUUGCAGUGAACUUCAGAACUUGUACUUGUAUCAGAAUUCGAUAUCCGGUUCGAUACCAAGGAGCAUAGGAGAGCUAAAAAAGCUCCAAAGUUUGUUGCUUUGGCAGAAUAGUUUAGUUGGAGUGAUCCCUUAUGAGCUUGGAAAUUGCAAGGCUGUUACUGUCAUUGACUUAUCUGAAAAUCUCUUAACAGGCAGAAUUCCAACAAGUUUUGGUGGACUUUCAAGUCUUGAAGGAUUGCAGCUAAGUGUCAAUAAGUUAUCAGGUACAAUACCUAAUGAAAUAUCAAAUUGUACCAAUCUAUCUCAUUUGGAAGUUGAUAACAAUGGUAUAUCAGGUGAGAUUCCUAAUGAAAUAGGAAAGUUGAAAAGUUUGACUUUAUUCUUUGCAUGGCAAAAUAAUUUAACAGGUAAUAUUCCUGUUUCAUUAUCUCAAUGUGAGAAUCUUCAGGCUCUAGACCUUUCUUACAACCAUCUUUUUGGCUCCAUACCAAAAGAAAUCUUUGCUUUGACAAAUCUAACAAAAUUGCUGCUUCUUUCCAAUGAUUUGUCUGGUUUUAUACCAACUGAUGUUGGAAACUGCACAAAUUUGUAUAGAUUUAGAGUGAACAACAAUAGGCUAGGAGGUACCGUUCCAUCAGAAAUAGGAAACUUAAGAAGUUUGAAUUUCCUUGAUAUGAAUGGAAAUCACUUUAUGGGAGAAAUUCCUUCAUCAAUAUCAGGGUGCCAAAGUCUUGAGUUUCUUGAUCUCCAUUCAAACGCGUUCACCGGUUCUUUACCAGAAAAACUGCCUAAAAGCCUACAGUUUGUGGACAUUUCAGACAACAGGCUUACAGGUUCGUUGAGUCCGAGCAUUGGUUCUUUAACAGAAUUAACAAAAUUGAAUCUUGGGAAGAAUCAACUUUCUGGUAGAAUUCCGGCUGAGAUAGUUUCCUGUAGUAAGCUUCAGCUAUUAGACCUUGGAUACAAUGGUUUAUCAGGUGAUAUACCUAAAGAAUUGGGUGAUAUACCAUCACUUGAAAUCUCUCUUAACCUUAGCUGUAACCAAUUUACAGGUGUGAUUCCAAGUGAGUUUUCAGGUCUUAGCAAACUAGGAAACCUUGAUGUCUCCCACAACAAACUCACCGGAAAUUUAGACGUUCUUACGAACCUUCAAAACCUUGUUUCACUCAACAUAUCAUUCAAUAACUUCUAUGGAAACUUGCCCAAUACUCCAUUUUUCCAUAAGCUUCCUUUGAGUGAUCUUACUGGAAACCAAGCUCUUUACAUCUCUGGGGGGGAUGUGAUUCAAACGGGGCCCGCUGGACAUGCCAAAUACACCAUGAAGCUUGCUAUGUCAAUCCUUGUCAGUAUAAGUGCCGUGCUGGUGCUGCUAGCAUUUUACACCUUGAUCAGGAUGCGAAUGGCGGCCAAGUAUGGACCUCCAGAAGUUGAUACUUGGGAAAUGACUCUUUACCAGAAGUUGGAUUUUUCAAUAGAUGACAUUGUUCAUAAUCUAACAUCAGCUAAUGUCAUUGGUACUGGGAGCUCUGGAGUUGUAUACAGGGUAAUGACCGAAAACGGGGCGACUUUAGCAGUCAAGAAAAUGUGGUCAUCAGAGGAAUCAGGAGCAUUUGGUUCAGAAAUUUGUACUCUUGGUUCAAUCCGGCACAAGAACAUAGUACGCCUUCUCGGUUGGGCUUCAAACCAGAACAUGAAACUUCUAUUCUAUGACUAUCUUCCCAAUGGGAGUUUGAGCUCAUUGCUCCAUGGUGUUGGCAAAGGAGCAACAGAAUGGGAGAACAGAUUUGAUGUGGUCCUUGGAGUAGCUCAUGCACUUGCAUAUUUGCAUCAUGACUGUGUACCACCUAUAAUGCACGGAGAUGUCAAAGCAAUGAAUGUAUUGUUAGGCUCUAGAAUGGAGCCUUACCUAGCCGAUUUCGGUUUGGCAAGGAUUGUCAGCACUGAUGUUGAUGCAGACUUGUUGAAGGAGAGCCAAAGGCCUCAUCUUGCUGGUUCCUAUGGCUAUAUGGCACCAGAACAUGCUUCGAUGCAACGGAUCACGGAAAAGAGUGAUGUAUACAGCUAUGGUGUGGUCCUCUUGGAGGUACUAACAGGAAGGCAUCCGUUGGACCCCACAUUGCCCGGGAGUGCACACUUAGUACAAUGGGUGCGCGAACACUUACAAAGUAAGCGCGAUCCAAAUGACAUUCUUGACCCUAAGCUUAGAGGAAGGGCUGACCCUGAGAUGCAUGAAAUGCUGCAAACUUUAGCUGUUUCAUUUCUGUGCGUGUGCACGAAAGCUGAUGAUCGUCCGAUGAUGAGGGAUGUAGUAGCCAUGCUCAAGGAAAUUCGAAAUGUUGAUUCUGUUGCGUCCGAAUCCGACUUGUUGAAGAAAAAUGCAAAUGUAACAGCUCUUCCAAAAUCACCUGGCACCAAGAAUGUGGAUUCCCAAGUGUCUUCUAGCUGCUCUUUUGUAUUUUCGGAUAACUCAAUCUCCAAAUAAGGCUUCAGCAUAGUGAACAAAUUUGUGAAUAUGGCAUGUUUUAUUAGCAGUAUGAGUUAGAGCAGGUUAUAGAUUUUAAGGAAAAUCAUUUUCAUUCCUCAAUCAUGUAUCCUAGUAAGGGAGUUUGCAAUUUAGCAUUAGCAUUAUAGAGUGAAAAGAUCAGUGUUCAUCAUUAUCUGAAAUUGGUAGACUUUUUACUUACCAAUUUGUACCCUACAUAUACCAACUUCGUUAGCCAAUGAGGCAUGCUAAUAUAAAUGGCAAUUCAAA